CACAUUCUGGUUCUGCUCGAUAAAUUUAUACUUUCUAUAUCAACAUACUUUUAAUUCUUGAUUUUUGACAACUUUUUUAACAUGACCCAUUUCUUUUUCUGUUUUUUUAAUACGGUUUUCAAAUCGCCAGCAGCACAAAUCGAUGUCAGAUUUGGAUUUAGCGCAGUCGAUUACUUAUUGUCCACUAGAUUUCAAGCAAAAAGCGAUUGCACACUUAGGGACCUUUCCUCGUAAGAUGGAGAGAUGUUUUAAGCCAAGGUGAUUCAAAUUAAAUGAUAAGAUACGAAAAAAGUGUCUGCAAACAUAUUUUCUUUGUUUCACAUUAGAGAUUAUAUAUGAAGCGUCCAGAACCAUAUCACUUACGAAUAAAUGACCUUGUUGAUCUAAUAUUUGCUGAUAAUGGUCAAUAUUUAGCAACUGUUUCAUAUUUAUUAUCUAUUAUAACAAAAGAGCAUUCCGAAAUAAUAAACGAUCAACAUGUCGAUAAAUUAUUUAAUCGAAUGAAGGAUGGUUCAGAAAAUGACAUAUCAUACUUAUAUAUUCCAUUAAAUUAUGUUGCUGGAACACAACCAAAUUUAUUUUUAAAACAUAUAGAUAUUUUAAUUCAAAUGACAAAAGAAAAACAAAAUGUACCAGCAUUUUAUUGUUUAAGCCAAUUUUUAACCGCACAAGCGAUCUACAGUGAAAAACAAGCAGACGAAAGUGCACGAAUAUUUACUGGUUUAUUAGAUAAAUCAACAUCGGAUAUGAGACCAACAAUAUUUCAUUGUUGUCAAUUAAUUGGUAUUCGUUAUAAACAAAUUUUAAAGCCGUAUAAACAUAUAUUUAUUAAAUACGAAAAAGAAAGUAGUUGUCAAAUAUUAAUUGAUUUUAUUGAUGGAAAAAGUGGUGAUGAAUAUGCGGAUGUUAUGAAAAAUGCUCAAAUUGAAAUGGCUGAAUUUGAAAACCGUAUUAAAAAAACAGAAAAAGAAAUGGGUCAUGUUAAAAAAGUUGUCAAAAAUCAAGAAUUAAAAGUAACAAAUCUUGAUGAAAAAGUGGCAAAUGUUGAUACAAAAUUAACCAAUGUUACUAACAGAGUUGAUGUUCAAGAGCAAGAAAUUGAACGAAUAGACAAGAAAACAUUGAGUAAUGUACCAGUAUGGGGGAAAAGUGUGACAAAAUUACUCAAUAAUAAAACAACUAAUGAUUGGCGUCUGCUUGGAAAACGUCUUGGAUAUUCACCGAGUGAAUUAAAACACUGGGCAACACAAUACGAUCCUUGUAUGGCGCUUUUAAAUGAAUGGUACAUAACCUAUAAAAGCGAUGAAGCAACAUAUGGCUUAGUCAAAAUUCUUAAAGAUAUAGGUCGAACAGAUGCCGAGAAGAUUAUUCAACAAGCAUCAAAAGAAGCUGGUGAAUCGAUACCUGAUGUUAUGGAUAUUGAUAUUAAAAGAUUACCAUCUGUAUUUAUCAGCUAUCAAUGGACACAUCAAAAAGAAGUUGGCUUAUUGAAAUCACAUCUUGAAAUGGCUGGUUAUGAAUGUUGGAUGGACAUUGGACAAAUGGGUGGUGGUGAUAAAUUAUUUCGAAAGAUCGAUACCGGUAUUCGGGGUGCUAAAGUUAUAAUUUGUUGUGUGAAUAAACAAUAUGCACAAUCAGACAAUUGUUGUCGUGAAGUAAAUUUAGCUGUAACAAUUGAUAAACCAAUUAUUCCAUUACAAAUGGAAAAACAAGAAUGGCCUCCAGAAGGUGCAUUGGGGCCAAUAAUGAGUGAAUAUUUAUAUAUUCGAUUUUUUAAUCGUGAUAAUAAAAACCCGGUAAUCAAUACAAAUGAUACUAUCUAUUGGCCGGAUGAUAAAUUCAAUGAAUUACUAGGACAGAUUCGUUAUUAUGUUCCACCAAAUCCAGAUAUAAUUAAUGAACGUUAUAAAAAUUGGUUUGUACCGAAAAUCGAUAAUUUGAUAUUCCUUCAUACAAACAAUAAAAAGGAAGAGAAAACAGUAUCAUCAACAAAAGCUGAAUCAAGUAACGCAAAAUCAGUGAAAGAUUCAACAACACGAGCAGAUUUUAUUGAUGUUCCAAUUGUAAUAUCACAUUCACAAAUAAUGAUUUCCUACCAGUAA